CAACAAUGUUCCUAACCAUCUAUUUCAUAGGAACCGUCGUCGCCAUAUACACCAUCGGAUGCCUCAUCGGCGCCCUCUCGAUCACCCAGCUCGGGAACCGCAUCGGACGACGCAAAUUCCUCAUGACCGUUGCUGCAGUAGCUACCAUCGGUCUAGUCAUACAGGCUACGUCCUACCAUAUAGCUCAACUUGUCGUGGGACGUAUAGUUUCCGGAAUCGGGAUUGGUGGUGUAAACGCUGUCGUCCCAGUUUGGCAGAGCGAGUGCACAAAGCCCAAGAGUCGAGGGAAGAAUGUCGUUGUUAUCGGCGUUUUCAUUGCCUCAGAAGUUGCCAUGGCUAGCUGGGUGAACGUGGGGCUCUCGUUUGUAGAAGAGAGUGAGGUAUUCUGGCGCCUCCCUCUGGCACUACCAAUCGUCUUCACCCUGCUGCUCCUGGCAUUUACCCUGUCCUUCCCUGAAUCACCCCGCUGGCUCAUCAGCAAAGGCCGCAAGGCAGAAGCCCGCGCCGCCAUGCACGCACUAGCCGACAAGCACAUAGUUAGCUACGAAGCGAUUGACGCCGAAAUCGAAACCAUCUCUCUCGCUCUCCGAGAAUCAUCUACAUCAGAAUACGGUUUCGUCAACUUCUUCAAACGGGGACCUCAACGCCUGUUCUACCGUCUCUUCCUCGCCGUUGCCGUCAACUUCAGCGCUCAAAUGACUGGUGCCAACGUGAUAACCUACUACGGAAAAACCAUCUUCCAAGAAUCCCUAGGCCUCGAAGCAGAGAAAGCAGCUAUCCUGAGCGCCGGCGUCCUAACAUGGAAAAUCUUCGCUGCUCUCUCGGCCUACCUCUCCGUUGACCGCUUCGGCCGCAAACCACUCUUCAUCGUCUCCGCGUUGGGGAUGGGUACAUCCAUGGCCGGACUCACUGGAACAGUCUGGGCAAUUGAUAACCGCGACGUUCUUUCUCUUAUGUCUUUCUUCCCGCUUGGGUUCUUGGCUGCUAAUUUCUUGUAUGCGCCGGAGAUCGCACCCCAAGAGCUGAGGAUUCAUUUGGCGGCGAUUGGAACGGCGACCCAUUGGUUGUUUAAUUUUGUCAUUGCAGAGAUUACGCCCAUUGUGUUUGCGACGAUCAGGUGGAGGUAUUAUAUUGUGUAUGCGGUGAUUGGGUUUAGUGUUGCUUUUAUGGUUUAUUUCGUCUUUCCGGAGACGAAGGGUCGAUCGCUGGAGGAGAUGGAUCGGUUAUUUGGUGAUCCGGAACAUUGGUGGAAGGUUACUAUAUAUUCGAGGGAGAUGAUGGGAAUGGAAUUGGUGGAGGUGGAUGGGGAUGAUGUGAAGAUGGACGCGAGUCAUAUUGAGAAGGCUUAG